AUGGCAGCAAGUGAGUUAAUAAAGAUAGCGAAAUACGGUAGUGAAAUAGAAAAAGAAGUAUUUAGUGAUCAUUAUAAUUAUAAUGAAUAUACUUAUGACUUUGAAAAUCCAUCAUCUUCAACUAACCAACCAACAAAAACUAACGAUAAUUCCGGAACAAACGAAGAAAUUCCUGGUUCUAGUGGUUCACCAGACACAAAUGACUCCAACAAUUCUGGCAACAAUAAAAAAAGAAAGAAUGGCGGCAAUGAUAAUGACUCUCGCGAAACAAAGCGAGUUAAAGUUGAAGAAGAAGUUAAACAGAACCAGACUAAAAAAGAUGAAGAAGUAUCUGCUAAGAUAACUAAUGCUCUACAAGGACUUUCUAAAAAUACUACUGAUCAGGAAAAAGAAAAUAAAUUAGCCGAGAUUGAGAAAUCAAAAAAUGAAGGAAAAAUCAGCGAAGAGCAAAAAACCAAAAUUACUGAAAAAAAAGAUGAAUUAGCCAAAAAUGACCCUCAAGGUUAUGGAAAAAUGAUGGCGGAAGUAUUAGAAAAAAAAAUAAAUGAGUUUAAAGUGGAAAUUGAUAAGUUGGGACAAAUAAUCCAAGACAAGUUAAAUAAGUUAAAGAAUGGUGAAUAUACUAGUGAUGUUGAGGUAAGACAAGUAGAAGAGGAGGUUAGCGAAAAAGUUAGUGAAGAGGUAGCAGUGGUGGAAACGGAUAACUUGCUGAAUCAAGCCCAAAAAGUAUUAAAUGCCACGGCUGCCUAUCAAACAAAAAAAGACAAAGUGGAAAAGGCUCUUAAAGAUUUAGAAAAUGUUUCUCAAAACAAAACACAAGAGACGGGUUUCUUCCGUCCGGAAGUAAUUGUUCCUGUUUCUAUUCUAGCAGUCUUGGCAGUAGUCGCUAUAGUGAUAGUGAGAAGAAGAAAGCAAGCAAAAGUAAAAUAG